AAAUGUAUUUUAUAUUUAACUUUGUAGUUUGUCAUGCUAAUUAAAGUGAAUCACAGGCGACUCUGAACUUGUAAAAUUCUCCAGUCCUUUUACUCGUGCUCGUCAAACCAUUGUUCUACUGUUCAAAUAUAUGAUUUUGAAUCUUUACAACUAGAUUUCAUACUUUAUUAGACUGCUUUUUUAUUACAGAUAAGAUUAAAUUUAUUCUAGAUAUUCACAACUCAAAUGAAUUCUUUUGAAAUCCUCGUAAACAGGGCGAUCAGUCCCCUGUCAUGGGGCUAGUGUGUGCCAACCAGAUCUCCAAAGACCAUUGUCAGGAGAUAUCCACAGCUUUUGAACGUGUAGCAUUGAGGAAUGUAGAUGUCAAUACUAUGGGCCAUGGUCCUCAACCACCCAAACCAACAAAGAAGCGUCUGCACUUGGGUUCAUCGAGUUUUCAUUCACCCAAUACUCAGCGUGGCAUAUGCACGAGGUUACAGCUGUGGAGUCAGGAAAAGCAGAUCGGAAUAUUUGCACUACACAAGGAUCCAGGAGAAGAGAAUCAAAUCCUUUUCCAAUAUAAAGACAUUCAUCUGACAAGGCACGAUAUGAUGUCAUUGAGGAGAGGUGUGCCAGUGAGCCCGUCCGUGAUUACUGCAUGGGGAAUAAUAUUAAACAGACAUGAUUAUACCCGUUCCGAAAAGAUACCAGCGUGUUUCUACGCAUCUCCUGAGAUAUAUAUUGAUUGCAUUGCACCCGUCGAUCAAUCUUAUGAAGAGAAAAAACAGUCUUUUUUUCUAUCGAUGACACAUGAGUUGAGGGAAUACCAAAGCAAACCAAUCAGCAUUAUUGACCUGUUUUUCUUCCCCGUAUAUGAAAAUGAUAUGCAUUAUGUCAUGUGCUUUGAUACGCGCAAGCAACGAUUGUUUGUUCUGGAUAGUACAGUGGAUCCCAAUAAUCCUGAUUCUGCGGACAGAUACAAUGAAAGCAGCCAUGUCCUUCGAUCGCUGUUUUCAGAAUAUCUAUGGUUAAUUACUGAGGAAGAAAAGGCAGCUGUUGUAUCCAACUCUGUUCUGGAAAUUGUGCGAAUGAAGUGGGCAGAUGCGAGAAAUGAAGUGGACACAGGGGUUUAUCUUAUGAGACAUCUUGAAACAUUCAUGGGAGACAACUCUCUUAACUGGGAUUGCAAUCUUUCUAACACUUCACUGAUGACCCUUAGUGUUACACUUCCGACAAAGCCGCAAAGGUUUUUGUGCAAGAAGCAUUGCCUUCUCUUUGUCAGAUUUCCGUCGACCACCACACCCGCUUCCCUUGGUUCUAACUAUAUCGGGUGGCAGAACGGAUGGGGAAUCUGUUGGCGCAGACCCAUAGAAUUCAAGGAACCUACUCUCCUUCGAGCUUUUUGAGUUAUCAGAGCGUGCAAGCUUAGAAAAUUUUUCCCUGACUUCAACAAGAGCAGAAUACAGUUGCUCGCUGAGCUCUUCAUCUCCCUUGACAAAACCGAUGCUCUCACCAACGAUCUUGAAAAAACGAAAAUCACUGUUUG